UCGUUCCUACCAGUAACAGUCCUGCAUUCACUUCUGAGUUAUUCGAAACGCGAUUUCCCCCCUCCCCCACCCAUACGUGCCCCUCACGGGCCUCCGUAGGAGCCGAGGCCCAGCCGCCUUCGACUGCGCCCGGCCAGCGGGGCCCGGCUUUAAAUUUUAUUUUACAACUUAAACUAAAACCCACUUUUUUUGACGAUAUACAUUUUUUUUAAAAUUUUCACUUUAAUUGCAAUCUCCACAUUAAGCUGCGAGUGAGCAAUGUCGGCAUUUUCGGAGGCGGCGUUCGAGAAGAAGUUAUCGGAGCUGAGCAACUCGCAGCAGAGCGUCCAGACCCUGUCGCUGUGGCUCAUUCACCACAGAAAGCACGCGCGCACCAUCGCCAAAGUGUGGCACGGCAGCCUCAAGAAAACGAAACCAAGCCGAAAGCUCACCUACCUCUACCUGGCCAACGACGUCAUCCAGAACAGCAAGCGCAAGGGCCCUGAACUCACGCGGGAGUUUUCCUCAGUGCUGCUCGACGCCUUCUCCCACGUGGCCAGGUCUGAACGGGAGGCGGAUGACAGGUGCCGGACGCCCAUGCAGCGGCUGCUCCACAUCUGGCAGGAGAGAGCCGUGUACGACGGGGACUUCAUCGAGCAGCUACUGCAGGCGGCAAGCGAGAGAAAGACGAAGAAGCGGACGCGCGAGCUGACGGUGCCCGUCCAGCCAACACGGCGGCGUCGGGAGGCAGAUGAAGAAGAGGAGGAGAACGAUGAGGAGGAUGAGGAGAAGAAGGUGGUGGUACUGCCAGCGGCCGUGAUGGAGGACGACCACUACCUGGGGAACGCUUCGCCCAAGGAACCGCCCGAGGCGGGGGAGCUGGUGCGGGUCCUCACGGAGUUGGAGAGCGCUGCAUCGAGCGACGCUGCCGUGAGACAGAAGAUUGCGUCGCUGCCGCCCGCGGUGCAGGACAUAUCGCAGCUGUCAAGGAUCACCGACAGGGAGGCGGCGGAGCGGCUGACGCUUCUGGUGGACGAGGCGUGCCUGCUGCUCGCCGACUACAACGGGCGACUGGCGGCCGAGCUGGAGGACCGGCGGCAGCUGGCGCGCAUGCUCGCCGACUACACGCGCCGGCAGCAAGAGCAGCUGCGCGAAAAGGAGCGCAGGCUGGAGGAGUACAAACAGAAGCUGAGCAGGGUGACGUGGGUGAGGAGGGAGCUGAAGGCGCACAUCCAGAGUCUGCCCGACCUCUCUCAGCUGCCCAACGUUACGGGCGGCCUGGCCCCACUGCCCUCGGCGGGUGACCUCUUCUCUCUGUGAGCGUGGCCCCACACCCUGAAUUACAGGAAAUUGAUGCGCGAGAGGCAUGACUCGAGGAAGCAGCGCCAGCGCUACCAAGCGUCUUAUUUAAAGCAUCGGAUCACUGCACGUGGUCCGCGUAUUUGCUUCUGGAGGUAUGUUUUAUUGAUGUACCCUCCUGCUUGUUAAGUUUCUGCACCGUGCGUUGUAUCAUGGAUGCAUUUAAUUACUUGUUUGAAACCCAGGCUUCGAUUGGCUGCUUGUCACUUGCCCCGGUGAUUUGCGUUUCUACACAGACUGCUUUCGUUUAGCGUUGAUUCUAUUCAAUGACCGAGGUCUGCGCUUGAUUGGACUGCUGGCUGUGUAUACAGAUGUCCAUCUGGUCUGCUGUGUGUGCGGCAAACCAGACAGACAUCUCCCCAUGUCUCUCUGCACCUCCCGAAUGUUUCUCCAUGCUUCCCCAUGUCUCCUUACACCUGCCCACGUCUCCCGUUAUCUCAGUUGCACCUCCCUGCGUCUCCCUGAAACUACCCAUGCUUCACUCAUGUCUCUUUGAAUCUCCCCAAGCCUCCCCUGUAUGAUCUUAUUUUCGUGCAGUCUGCAGUUUGCUUUCUGGACAGGCACUCAAAACUGCUUGGCUGUUGUCUUUUUGUUGUUAUCACAGACAGCAAAGUUAAGUGUUGCAGUGGCUGUGCAUGUCCCCCCUUAUGUGCAGGCAAGAAUUGCAAUUUGUUUACGUACCGUUAAACCUUCAUACUUUCAAGGCGACUUAGCCACGCUCUACCUAGCGAGUCAUAGGUGUAGAUUAUCAUGGUUAUAAUUGCACAGUGGGAAUUAAUUUAUUACUUAUUUAUUUUGGGGACGGGGUGGUGGUUAUGUUUUUCCCUUGGCAUUAAAACCUAAAACGUAGUACUGCAGAAUGGGGCGGGGUGCAAACCACUAUUAGUUGCCUAAACCCGACACAGUUGUACUGUGAUCAAAAUGUGCACGCCGGAACACAUCCUGUCAAUAUAUAGUUUGUGUGGGAAUUUGUGAUUCAUUAGAACUGUCAUUAAACUCCAGUCCGCAUGCUUCAUCGUCCCAUGUCUGCCAAUUGUUUAGAUGGUUCAAAUAAUGUAAGUUUAUCCGGGAAGUCUCUCACCGAGUCUCACGACUUUUUUUUAAAUCCAGGAAUGUUUCGUGUGCAUGUGAGGGAAUCAACACGCCUGAAAAACACACCCAUACAUGGGGAUAAUGUGCGUUGAACUUCUUUCGCACCGUACGUAGCCAACCGUGCUAAUCGGAGGGCCUGCUUGUUGUACUGCAAUCGGCUAGCCACCUCGCAGUAUAGCAGCUUUUGGGAGUGUCGCAUAUCUCUGAAUGAUCCACCAACCCUUGGAUCCAGAGCACUGGAUCAUAGGCAUUCCCUACUUCACCUGACCAAAAUAUAGACAAAGCAUAUUUAUGUACGAGCUAUGUUUUACACUUGGUGUUAAUAAUAACUGAGCGAUUGUGUUCUUUUAGGGCGGGAAGUCAACCUGCCCAAUGCUGCACAGACAGUUUGUGUACGUAUUAAUGUAUGCAUAUGUACAUAUACCUGUCAACCUAUAUGGUUUGCCCAUAUUAUUGUACAGAGAAAUUCAGUUUUUAGGUCCAUAAUGGCAUACAGCCGUUUCUCCCUUGUGACCAAUAAGGUCUGAGUUGGUCUGUAAUAAGGUAGGCACUAAAUUUUGACUUAAAACUUUCGUGACUGCAGGAAUUCAUAUUCUUUGGUUCUUUCGGGAAAGUCAAGUCGAUAGAAAAAAAAAAGUGAAUAAAAAUAAUAAAAAUAUUUUUUUCUUAUUUUUCUAUCUCUGUGACUUGACGGAAAGGUCCAAAGAAUAAGAUAGGCACUGAUAAGGGGUUGACAGGUAUGACGUACAGCCCCUUUGUCAGUCCACUGCUAUUUGAAGGCCUCUCCCUCACGCUGCAUUGGCCAUGGGGGUUGUGUUUCCAGACUGGUCAAUGUGGGUUGGUGAAGGUGGCGGGGAGGAACCCAGGACCUGUUCGGAUAUUGCUCACUCACCGUCGAUAUUAGCCGUUGCCAGGAAUUGAACUCGUGGUUGCUGGGGUCAUAGCGUAAUGCGCGAAGCACUGAAUCAUGGUUCCAUGUCUAUUACCUUUGCUCCACCACUCGUUUACCGCACCACAAAAAUCCACACGGAGAGCUGCAUUUUAGCAGGAUGCAAAAAUCGUAAAGGAGUGUAAAUUGGUUAGAAUUGGAUUGCUUGACAAAGGUUUGAACAUGUGGUAAAACAAUAAUCUAAACUCAAUUCUUAUAUAAGUCCCACUUGGGAAAAACCACACGGCAAACAUCAUCCCCUACAUACAAACCAAUGCUGACUUGUAGCCCGGUAUUAUGUACACCUUGUGCUGUACAGACAGCUGCCACUGGAGUUCCCCUUGGCCAACAGUUUAGGAAUUAACCAUGCUGUAGUUACAUAGGUGUUGUUAUCCUACGUAAUUAUUAAAUACAGAUUGUGCAGCAAUAAAUGUAACAUUCACUGAUCUGUGCUUUAAUUUAAAAAAAUUGUGUUAUUUCUGAGUGGCGUAUGUCACAAGCUUUGUGUGAUUGGAUCUCAUUAAAGUAAGAGUACAAUCUACUCUUCAGUGACUGCAUUGGCAGUGUAGUUAAAUAACAGAUUCAAGGCAUCUUAACAUCACCCAUAGCACUUCCCUAUAAUAAACUCAAAUGUACAUUAUAGUCUUCUUUGGUUCUUUCGGCCGCUUGUGUUGUGGCCGAAACGUCGUGAGAAUAUUAUUGUGUUAUUUUAUUUUAUCAAUUUAUUAUUUUAUUAUCAUUCUACGUGACUUUACCGAAAGAACCAAAGCAGAUGAAUCAUUGCAGUCACGAAAGCUUUAAAUCGAAAUUUAGUACAUUAUAGUUUCAACCAAUGCCUCUUGGUUACCAUCAGCCUUGGACAAUCCACUGCUGGAUGAAGGCUUCCCCGAGCCACCACCAUCUCUCAGGCUCCCACGAUGCAAUGAUCCACCCAGCACCUGCAAGUGAGUCGAUUCGCUGCCUCUUAUUCAGAGAGAAAAAAAGUUAGCUUACCAGUAAGGAGGGCAUCACAGAUAUUAUCAUUGAUGCCAGACCUCACCACUGCUCGUUGACUCAGCUGUUAGAAGCAGGAAGUGGACCGUCAAGGUUGUGUACUUACAAUCUCGGCCCGUCUGGAUUUGUAGGGCUUCCCUUUGGUCACCAACCACUGGGAGCCACUUUAGUGCCUUUCUCCUUAACCCAAGCCUCACUUAUUGGUGUAUUUCUGUACAUCGAGCACAUAGAGUUGCGUACAUUUGAUUCAAAUGCAGCAUUUGUUAAUCGUGGACAUAUAUUCGACCUGUGCCGUACGCAAUGUUGUCUGUUCCCAAUUCACAUUUGGGAAUUAAAAAAUACUAUGGGGGAGGGGGGGGUACAUUUUGGAUGGCAAGUUACGAGCACGAAGAAGGCAGACUUCAAUUGGUGCAUCUAAAUGUGGAAGAAAAAAAACUACAGAAAAUACCUCUGAUAUUUAGUGUUUCAUAGUCACGUGUGUGCACGUGUGAUUGCAUAGCAGUGGUUGUGGUUUUCACUACACUGCAUUGGAACCCCAGUCUUCACCUAACUUCCUGCAUGCAUCGGUGUCAAUUGGAAUCUAAACCUGGUCUGUGCCUGCCUUAGAUCCGCUCCACUUAAAAUGAGUACCUCUUGCUGUGUUCAUGAACCUAGGCACUGGGGAGACAAAGGUGGCCAGCAGUGUAGGGUGCUGCCUCCACCACUGCCUCAUUGUUUCUUUAAUAGGUGCUCGCAAACGACACUUGUCGUAACCCUUGCACAAGUCCGAUUUUUCUAAGUAUAUGCUGAACCUGUAGUGCACAUUUUAGAUGUUGCAUAUGGUUGAAAUGCAUUACGGUGGUUAUUUUAGCGUUGUGGUCAAGCGUCACGAGGGACUCGGUACUCUGUAAAAAAAAUAUAUCAAAAGCUGCAAAGAAAUUCGGUUGUGUUCUUGCCGAAAAGCUAUUUUGCCAUCGCUGCCGACUACGAUUUUUCCAAUUGGCAUGAAUUGGGAGUUUCGUUAUGAGAAAAAUGUGAACAGUUUACGACGGUAAGUUUCCAUAGUGCGCGUGAUUUGAUAUGGAUGUGAUUUUCCCCGAGCCAUUAAUAAACGUACCAUGUUGA